AUGAGCCAACCGUGCGGCUCACCGAACGACUCCAGUUUCGGUCCGUCUGUCAACUCUUGCUACAGAAGCUUCGAUUUCACCCUCUUUUUCGAGGACACAAUCUUGUCGCUGGUUCCUUCUUCCAUAUUCAUACCAAUCGCAUCUUUUUACAUUGCCAUUCUCGUAAAAACGAAGCCCGUUGCAAUUCGUACAACAUGGUACAUAAUGAAACUGAUCGCCUAUGCGGCGCUAGCCGUCACGUAUUGGAUAUUUCUAAUCGCCAUUACGCGUGAUUCUGCAAAUGCCACAGCCGCCGGUAUUCCUGCCGCCGCUCUUGCUCUGGUAUCAAGUAUACUGCUGGCUAUUCUUGCUGCCUUGGAGCACACCAAGGCACUCGCGCCGUCGCCAGCACCCAUCUUCUUCAUUUCCGUCACUGCGCUCCUAGACAUCGCAAGAGUGCGCACACUGUUUUUGACAGGACAACCCUUCCCCGCAGCUACGCUGUGUGUUGGUCUGGUUCUGAAAUUACUACUGCUGGUGUUCGAAAGCCGAAGCAAGAAGAACGGCCUUGCCGCACUACCGUCGCAGACGAGCCCGGAGAAACUGGCAGGUCCGAUGAGUCGAACAAUGUUCCACUGGAUUAAUCCACUGCUCAUACUAGGAUUCAAGGGGUCGCUGAAAGGGCAUUGCUUAGGUCCAAUUGACCCCAAGUUUGAUGCCGAAUACUUGACCGAAAGAUUUGCUGCCGUUCCACAAAGUGUCAAAGAUGGACUUUCCGAGGGUGGGCUUAGCACUCUCACUCUGACAUGUAUCAGGCAGGAUCUAUUGUACCCUAUCAUUCCUCGACUUUUUGUUUCCCUCUUUACGUUUCUGCAGCCAUUUCUCAUCGACUCCAUGUUGAGCUGGCUCACCAAAAGUAACCGCGGCGCCUCAAAUCAGGGAUACGGCUUAAUUGUAGCGACGUUUUUCGUGUACUUUGGCAUCGCAGCCUCCUAUAGUUGGUACUGGCACCAGGUCAACAGAUCAGUCACCAUGAUUCGUGGCGGCCUCGUGGUGGUUCUCUUUGACAAGCUCCUGCGCCUUGCCGAAAUCCCGAGUGUCGAGUCACAGGCAAUGACACUCAUGUUUAGCGACACCCAGCGGGUCAUGACCGCCAUGAAUUACUUCCACGAGCUCUGGGCCGGUGUCUUUGAUACUGCAAUAGCUACGUGGCUUCUGUAUCGCAAGACGGGGGCGGCGAGCUUUGCAAUGCUCGCAGUCACGAUAGUGUCGUCGAUUGCUUGCGCGAGCCUUUCCAAGAAAUUGAGCGGAAUGCAGCAGCAAUGGUUGGCGGCCGUGGAACAAAGACUUGGGCCGACAAAACGCAUGCUGUCGUCUCUCAAGGCAGUGAAAAUGCUGUCGGCGGACGAUCGGAUUUCGAGCACCAUCACAGCCCUGCGCCGCGCCGAGCUGGCUGCCGCCUGGCCUUUCCGGAGGCUUCGCAUCUUCACGACUGCCAUAUCUUACAGCACCAUUACCCUGUCGCCACCGCUGGUCUUCGGGGUGUACAUCGCACUCGCCUCCGACGACCACGGGCUAGAUGUUUCAAGACUUUUCACGUCUCUCUCGCUCAUCAAUCUGCUAGCGACGCCUGUGAUGCAUCUCUGCCAAGCCAUUCCAGUACUUGGAGCGGCGCAUGGCUGCAUGGCGCGCAUUCAGAGCUUUCUAGAGCUCGAAGAGCAAAGCGAUAGAAGAACCACAAUAGCUCCAUCGCAAAGCUUAGAAACGGAAGCUAGGAAUAUUUUCUCAGUGAGAAAUGUGUCUCUAGGAUGGACGGCUGGAAAGCCCAUCCUCCACAACAUCAAUUUCGACGUCAAGCGCGGGUCGCGAGUCGCCAUUCUGGGACGCAUUGGCUCUGGGAAAUCACUUCUCCUCAAGGGUUUGCUGAGUGAGGUAGAAGAGAUUUCAGGGGUUAUUUCCGUCGCUGAGGGCGCAUCCUUUGCGUACUGCAGCCAGACCCCGUGGCUGGAGAACGCAUCGGCAGAAGAAAAUUGGACUGGACGCUGCGCAUCGAGAACCCCCGCCGUUCUUGGGAAGAUGGCUCAAGACUACGCUCUGAAGGAUAUUCAAAAUCUUCAAGAUUACAAAACAGGGACGAUUGGUAGCCAAGGUGUGAAACUCAGUGGUGGGCAGCGACAUAGGCUGGCACUUGCACGAGCGCUCUCUCUCGAUAGAGAUAUUGUCCUACUGGAUGAUGUCUUCAGUGCCUUGGAUCGUCGCACAAAGAUCCACGUAGCGGAAAGCUUAUUGCGGAGGGCGCGAGAGGGAGAAAAUACGAACACUGUCAUCUUCAGCACCCAUGACGAGUACAUUGCCAACAUGGCAGAUGAAAUAUACGAGAUAGAUCGAUCAGGCACAGUUAUCCGACGCAGCAAGGUGGACUUGCCCGCAGGCACCUCGCCAGCAGACAGCGCCUCGUCGAUAGAGGCCGAGGAAGAAGUCUCCACGGCGGAGCAAUCUCAAACCUCCUCUUCGAUUUCUAUUUUACCUCUUACGGCUGACCCCACGGUAAAAGACAUGGAUGUGUACAAGACAUACCUGCGCUCCAUGGGACUCGGUAACGCUGUGGCGUUUCUGUUUUUGGGAAGCGCGUUUGCGGUCGCGUUCAAGUUUCCAGACCUUUGGAUUCAGUGGUGGUCCAAUGACACCUCCUCGAGCAGUAGCAGACAUUCUACCGGGUACUGGAUCGGGUUAUAUGCUGGCCUGCAGUGCAUCCCGCUGCUGCUGCUAGGACUUUGGCUGUGGCACGUAUUUUACAUCAUUGUUCCUACAGUGGGCAUCUCCAUCCACACCAACCUUCUCACCACCGUCAUGAACGCGCCCUUCUCCCACAUCAGCAACGUUGACUCUGGCAGCAUCAUGAACCGUUUCAACCAGGACCUCAUGUUCAUCGACUCGCUCCUGCCCUUUGAUCUCUUCAACACCGUCGCCGAGCUCUACAUUGCCGUCAUCCAGAUUGUCUUUGUGGCCGUCGCCAGCGCGCAGGCGCUCGCGGCCGUGCCCGCGGUCGCGGCCGUCCUGUACGCGAUUCAGAAUCUCUACCUGCGGACCUCGAAGCAGCUGCGGAUCCUGGAGCUCGAGGCGAAAGCCGUCCUGCAUAGCCUCGUGUCGGACGUGACGGCCGGCGCCGGCCCGUCGACAAUUCGCGCGCACGGAUGGCAAGGACACCUGCGCGCACGCUUCAUGGAGAGCCUGGACGUCUCCCAGGAGCCCAUCUACCUGCUCUUUUGCGUGCAGCGCUGGCUGCAACUCGUGCUCAACCUAGUCGUCAUGGGCCUCGUGGUGCUGGUCGCGGUUGUCGCCGUGGCGCUGCGCGCAAAGGUCAACCCCGGCGCCGUCGGCGUCGCGUUCCUCAACGCCACUACGCUGGGCGAGACGCUGACCCAACUCGUCAUCUCGUAUACUUCACUAGAAACCUCCCUGGGCGCUAUUGCGAGAACGACGAUUUUUGCCGCGACUACCCCGAGUGAGCUUGGCGGCAACGCUGACGACAGCGGCGGCGAGCCCUCGUCUUGGUGGCCGUCGGAAGGGAGUGUUCGCAUGGACAAUCUUUGGGCCAGGUACCAGUUGCCCGCUGCUACAACUCAAGAAGAAGAAUCAUGGAGCUUGCGAAGCAUAAGCAUCGAGAUACCGGCCGGCCAAAAGGUUAGUAUCUGCGGUCGCACAGGCUCUGGCAAGUCAACCUUUAUCCUGGCUCUGCUUCGCAUGGUCGACAUCCCGAUCGGCACGGCCUACAUUGGCGGGCGCGACCACUCCCAGAUUCCCCUCGCAGCACUACGGCGAGGGUAUUUUGUCGUGUCUCAGGAUCUGCUGGAAGAAUCCACCAUACUGCGGGAUCAAAUCGACCCGGACAGGCAGUUUACAGACGAGCAGAUCCACGAGGCCGUAGCAGAAUGCGGUCUACAAGAGAUCGUCGAGACUAGCGGGGGGCUUCGUGCCAGUGCUGGGGACGUGCAGCUCUCGAAUGGCGAGGCGCAGUUUCUCUCGCUCGCCAGGGUGAUCUUGUAUGGAUCUCCAAGGGAAGGCGGCAUCCUGCUUCUCGACGAGGCCACGAGCAGUCUUGAUGAGGAUGCGCAGCGCCGGAUGGAGAUGCUGAUAGAAUCAAGGUUCCAAGACAAGACAAUCAUAUCGGUCUGUCACAGACUUUCCUGGGCACUCAAGUCUGAUAGAAUCAUUGUCCUGGAGAACGGGGAGGUCAUACAUGACGGGACGCCGCAGGAAAUUGUCAAGGUUUCAUCAUUGUUCGCCGGUAUGCCGCUGCCAGAAUCUGAGCAGUGA